AAGCACCUGUCCUUUUGGCUACUACGGUCCAUCUUGUACAUCAAUUUGUAACUGUAUCGAUAAUGUUGAGUGCGACAGUAACACUGGUUUAUGUAUGUCCUGGUUCAUCAAUUCCUGAAUAUAUAAUAGCAGUAGUGAUUGUUCUUUCUAUCACUAUCUUCCUUCUUAUUUUCUUGGUCUUCGGCCUGUACUAUCGAUACCAUUAUUCCCAAGAAAAUAAUCACAUCGGGGCGUAUUAUAUCCGAGAUGACAACCAAGGCACAUUGACCCGGCUGUCUGAAGAAUCCAAUGAGCUUUGUGAUGAUGCUAAGAACGUGAUCCCUCCCGCGUUGAGAAACAUUACUAUAGACGAUCCCGAACAUGAUCCAUAUUAUAUAACAGUAGAAGAUGUACGAGUUGCCGAGCACACAAAUGAACCCUAUGAAAUUCCAAUGAAUGUAAAGUCUCAUAUCAUGAAGAAUACCGACUCAGCCAGAGUGACUAAUCCAUUAUAUACCAAUAUUUAGACAUUAUCCACAACUCAUUUUCACCCGGGCUCAUACGAACAACACAAUCGUGGGUUUUUUUUUUUUUAUAACCAUUCAAAUAAGCAAACCGAGUGCCAGGUUUAUGUGUGUAAUUGAACAUACCAUAGGUCCAUGAACAUACAAUACAGCUUAUAAUUUUUAUAGCUAAAGUAUAGGUCUAUAUUAAAAUACAGUGCUGUGCUGGGAAUAUAGAGGUCUAAUUCAGUGGAUAGCCAGAAAUGUAUUCCGAACGGUAAAGGUUGGUUUCCAAAUAGGCAGUCCAUUAUAAUAGACAGCGAAAAAGUUAUUGUUUAUGUUCUGUUUUUUCUUAUCUCACGUUUCCCCGUGCUGUCUAAUUUAUGUUUUGAGUGUAUCAUUUUUUUUUUUUUUUUGGUUGAUGAUGUUAAUAAAGUUGAUUGAUUGUAGCGUUAUAUCUAACAAAACAAUGGACCUUUGUGGUAUCUGUCAGGCUUAACAACUGACUAAUAUGAACCAGUCUGCUUUUCAUGCUGUCGUUUUGUGGUAAUCUUAGCAACAUUACCUAGGGGUUUAGGGCUUAGUGGAACGAUCCAUUAACUGCCGUAGUAGAGGUCUAUUAAAUUCAUAUAACAAAAGUUAUUAGUGAGAAUUUUGUUUUGAUUGCAAUUGAGCAUGAACCGAUAGGCCUAUUACGUCUAGAAGUAGAGACAGGCACUUUAGUAUAAUAAUAAUAAUGAAUCAAAUAAUAUUAAAAUUAAAGUAAAAACUAUAUUCAUAAUAAUAAUACUACUACUACUAAUAAUUAAUUAAUUAACUAAUUAAUUGAUACUUUGUAUUUAUGCCGUAGUGGAGGUCUAUUAAAUUUAUGUAACAAAAUUACUUAGGUAGAAUUUUGUUUUGAUUGCAAUUAAGCAUGAACCAAUAUUAAGUCUAAAAAUAGAGACAAGCACUUUAGUAUAAUAAUAAUGAAUCAAAUUAUAUUAAAAUAAAAGUAAACAGUA